AUGAACCUUGUUGGGAGCGAAGCAUCCAGCAUGGUUGGGCGCACGUGGAAAGACAGCCAUGGGAACUAUGAAGUGGCUCUAGAUGUGAUGCAUACCCUCCAUUGCGUGAACAAAGUGAGGAUGGCUCUGGAUCCAGAUUACUACAAGGAGGAGGAAAGCCCUAGAAUUCAUAGGAUGCACGUCGACCACUGCCUUGACUAUCUUAGGCAGACUGUUCAAUGCCACGGUGACCUGACUCCCAUGGUUUUUAGCUGGUCAGAUGAUGCUGGCAGGGUUGUGGCCGAUUGGAAAGAACCUCAUACAUGCCGCAAUUUUAACCGUGUUCGCAGUUGGGCUGAAGACCACUUUCGGCCAUGA